AUGGUCGAAGAAGCACUGGAAGUUGCUACCGAGGCACAGGGUGAUGGUCAGCCUCUCCAUCUUGACGACCAUGUUGACAGCAAAGGCAACACACUCCUCCAUAUCGUCAAUGACCCCCAGCUUGUCCUGCGAAUUCUGCAGAAAUGCGACGUUGACGUCAAUGCGGUCAAUGAGAAGAAGUUUACUCCAUUGAUGGUCGCAAGCAAGUAUGGCCGCUUCGAUAUGGUGCGCGCAUUCUUCGGCGAUCCACGCGUGGACAUUGCUGCAAAAGAGUUGCGUGGCCUGACUGCUGUUGAGCUCGCAAAGGACGAUGAUGUUCGCAACAAAAUCGAUGAUCUGACGCUCUUUUCUACACCUCCUGGCCCAGAAUCGAGAUCUACUGCUGUGGUCCGCUCCUAUUUUGUUGAGGACGCCACAGUCCGCUUCGUGCUCAAGUCUGGUGCACCGGUGGAUAAAUUUAGUUACGCAGUCACAACAUGCCGGCGUUCCUUGACAGAUUUUGAGCAUUUGGCAAAACUGCUGGCCAUGGAGAAUCCGGCAUCGUGGAUUCCGUCUCUAGCGGGCUUACGGUCACCUUUCCAGAUCCCCGUGAAACCCAGCCGUGCCGUUCUCAAAGAUCUUCAGAUACGGAUGGACUGGUUUUUACGCAUCCUGCUUGCACAUCCAACAUUCGCAACUCACGAAAUGCUGUGGGAGUUCUUUCUCGUCCCAGAUCUGCAACCUGAUAUGAUGGAGCAGCGUAGCAAGUUGAAAGCGGAAACUCGAGCUGAAAAGGUCCGGGACGAGCUAGAGCCGCUUGAAGACGUACGAGAAGUCGAACAAUUCAUUGACCACGCACGCGACAUGGUUCGUAGCGUCAAUCAUUCUACAAAAAGCGUUGCGCGGCGCAUGAAUACAUUAGGCAAUGCUGCAUACGAUCUAUAUGACGCCUCUGUUCUGCUAUCAAAGGCUGUUGCAACAAUCAACUUCCUCCCGCCUGAGCACAUCGCUGCUUUCGAGGCAUACGUCCGCACUUUGGCACCACUGCAGUCAAAUCCCUAUGCCACUUUCCAUGCCUCAUACGUCGCUCUGCAGUCCACCGUCGAUGCUAUCAUUGCGGCACUUGCUCGCCCUCCGAGGCUGAUCAAUCAGAUUGCGGGUCUACGCCGUCAGGCUGAGCGGAAUUAUUCGUCUCUCAGUCGCUCGACACGUUGGCCACUAGGCUUGCUUGACGACACAAGGCAACGUAUGAAUGAGGAGCGGGAGGAGCGUGCUAGACAGAGCCAGAUCGAUGGAGAUAACUUGUCCAAAGAGCUGAGAUACACCCAGCAGGUUGUGGCCGCUGAACUAGCAGGCUGGCAGGACAUGCACGAGCGAAUGGGCAGAAAGGCAAUCAAGGAGUUGGCCAAGGGGAUGCUUGUCAUGGAGCGAAUGAGGCUAGAAGGUAUGAAGAGAGCGUUGAGGAAGAUACAGGGCGUGGGCAACCCCUCCCUGGCAAUGCUGUACGAAGAGCCCAACCUGGCAUCGAAAUCCUCCUCCUCUUCGUCAGAGCAGACAGCAUCGAAGGAGGAGGAGGCCGCCGAUGGUCUGACGAUCGGGUCCGAGGGCGAUGAGGCUGGUGAGGCCAGCGGCCAGGUCGACCCAGUGGGUGACGCGUAA